UUGCUUUCGCCAUUUACAGACAAUGAAGUAUGUUUUGUUGUUGUUGUUGAUGAUGUCGGCACAAUUGCCAAUGAUGGAUUACAUUAUAUAUCAUAUCGAUGAUUUGGAAUUGGCGACAGCUUGCCUUAGUAUUGUCUUCACCAACAUACUGACCGUCAUUAAGACUUCAACAUUUUUGGCCUACAAGCGCGAGUUCAAAAGUCUAAUGACCGAGUUUGAGUUGAUGUAUGAUGAAUUGCGUGGAGCGGGCGCCAAGCCUUUGCUAGUGACGGUCAAUGUAGGUGCAAAACGAUUUGUCAAACUGUACUUUUAUAGCGUGUCUUGCACUGGCUUAUACUUCACAAUCAAACCACUGAUCGGCAUGUUUUGGGCUAAGUUUCAGGAGAAACCUUUGUUGCUGGAGCUGCCUAUGCCUAUGAGGUUCCCUUUUGACUUCGAAUCUACUCCCGGUUAUCAAAUUGCCUACGUCUAUACAAUUUUGAUCACUAUAGUUGUGGUGAUGCAUGCAACAUCUGUGGAUGGUCUAUUCGUGUCAUUCACCACAAACUUGCGUGGUCAUUUUCAAGCUUUGCAAUAUUUCAUAGAGACAAAUACAUUCAACAAAUCUGAAGCACGUCUACAGAAGGAAUUACGUUUCUACGUUGAGUACCAUGUGCGGCUAUUGGGGCUCGCACAAAGCGUACAACGCAUAUUUAAGCCCAUAAUUUUUGGACAAUUUCUGAUGACAUCGUUGCAAGUGUGUGUCAUAAUUUAUCAGCUGGUUAUGAAUAUGGGCGUUAUUAUGGAAAUGGUUAUCUAUUGUACAUUCCUCAGCUCAAUUUUGUUACAAUUGCUGAUUUACUGUUACGGCGCUGAAUUUCUCAAAAUUGAGAGUUCCGCCGUCGGCACAGCUGUUCAAAUGUCGCAGUGGUAUAAUUUACCGCCUCGUCAUCGCCACGUUCUACGUCUGAUGAUGGUACGUUCGCAGCGUGAGAUCAUCAUUAGUGCUGGCUUCUAUGAGGCGUCUUUGGCCAAUUUUAUGAGCAUUUUGAAGGCCGCCAUGUCAUAUAUCACUUUUAUUCAAUCUAUUGAGUAGUUUGUAUGUGAAAAGCAGUUAAAAUUGCGAUUUAUUUUGGAAAGAAGCAGAAGCAAGACAAUUCUAAGCUGGGCGAUCAAUAAUUCA